GUUUUUGAAGCCUAUGACACAAGACUGAAUGAAUGAAUGAUCAUGUAAAAUUACAAUAACAGAAAGGCAGAACAGUAAAUUUAACUUAAUGAAGCCGUCUAUUAACCAACUCUGUGCUCAGACAGCUCCCAGUCGCUGCCACCGCUGCUUUUCAAGCAAACAAAGCAGAGCUGCCGUCCAUCACACUGAGCUGGGUAAAAGAGCACUAGUGGAUCCAUUUACACCAACAGUUCCACUCAUUCAGAGGCAGAAGUGCAGUAUGAAGCACAUGGAGAGGCUUUUAGAUGCAGGUACUGAGCAGCCGCUAACGUCCCCUCACUGGGUUCAUGAUGCAGACGCUGCACCUGCUGCACUGACUGUGAUGCAGCUUAGCAUCCCAUCAUCCCCUCACCUCAAUCUGAAGCCCUUUGGUUUUGUGUAACAGCCACGGGGUCAGGUAGUUGUACUCCAGUAGUACUGUAGUACUACUGUGACCAGUCACAUUUACAAACCAGCAGCCUGGAAGAAAGGCUCCGCUCCCAUCACCGUCACAGCACUUCAUCAUUUCUAACAGUCACAGAUGUGGAGAGCGUGGUCCUUUGUUGUUGCACGAGAAGACCCAACGUGCCGCUGGCCUGAGGUCAGCUCCUAUUACGUUUGUCGGACCCACAAUUAGAUUAGAUCAGCAAAAUGAGAACGUUGCUGGUAAUGAGGUCACCAACACAAGCAGCGGAGCUUCCAGUAAAACUUGUUCAGGGAGGUGUCCUCAGUACAAUGAAAACUUUUGACUGUGCAUUUCGUACGGAGCCAAACAGCCAGACGCCCCUGGCGUGAUCGAUGCCCGUGUAAAUCCUUCUGUGUAGUAAAAACUAUUUUCAGCUAAGCUCCAGUUGGCGUUUUGUUUAGCUGAGCGCACGUCACGCCAUGGAAAUGCAAUAAAAGCACAUAAACCCGCACAGCACAGACUGACGGAACACUUUUUUGUGCAGCGGCAGAUGUGGCCAUUGGCUGCGACGCUUAAUCCAGAAUGCUGGGUUUGAUACAAGCAGGAUUUAGCCACAACCAUGACACUAACAUCUGUCGGCAUCCCGCUGCAGGCUCCCGGACCCGAGCAACCGGCGCUAAUAUCAUUGUGUCCUCAUCGCCGGGAACGGGACAGGAAACAGCAGCGAACAGAUCCAGAACCUGGGCUGCUGCUGUCAAGUCAAAGCCAUGGGCAAGACAGGGAGCAAAGUGCUCAGAGAGACCUCGGUGGACGGGGGGCUUCAAGCACAGGUACAGUACAGUGAGAGCAGCCACACACACACAUAUACACAUACACACACACACACAUACUGUACACACACGCACACACACAUACACAUACCAACAUCUUGUCAAUAAGUCGAUUGGUGAUUACUGGCUGUAACCAGUGACGGAUAAAAAUUCAUGUUAUUGCCCAGAAUUCAGGGUACAAGCAGGAAUAAAUGGAUCCUCUAUGAGGUUAAACAUAGUUUCACAGCACAAUGUUCAAACAGCAGAAUGACCGUGUUAUUAAUAAAUCCACUAACCUUACAGAGUCCAGGACAGGAUUUAGUCACAUGCAUGACACCUAAAAUAUUUCCAGAUAAGAGGAAACAGCAGGUCAGACAGAGGCUGAGGUGCAUGUGAUGAGACAGGCGGGAGUAGUUGAACCAGUAACAUGCGGCAAAGGCAAUAAAAUGGAGCGUGGUCCCGUCUGCAGCUUUAUCAUUCAUUCAUUCAUUCACAUGUUGUAUCAGUGGGUCUUGGCCGGAUCCUGUCUUGUGGAUGAUCUGGACGUAGUCAAGAGGCUCAAGUGCAUCUUAUCUUAGACCAUUACCUGAAAUUGCCCUCAUGGUCCCAAAUCCGCCUCUUCCACAGAUCAUCCAACUUCAUUCGCCCACUGAUUGUACUUUUGAGCUCAGGCUCCGGCUAAAAGGCUGAGCGGACGCCCCAUCACCUCGACCCAACUUGUCGGAGCUGAGCCGGUGCCGUCUUUGUCGGUCACUGGCGGCUCCACGAGGCGACGCUGGGCCGAAGUGAUUUGAUGCAUGGGGAUUAGGGAUUAAGACUUCCCCGGCCGCUCUGGCAAAGUAAAUCUAGGGAUUAUGAUGUCAACAGCCUGUGGCUGCAGGGGAGGAAAUUGAAUUGUAAGGGACAGGAGUGCUGAUGGCCCAGGAUUACAGAGGCAUCCGAGAUGUCGAGCCUUACUCCUGCUCAGGAAACCCUGCACGGGACCCCAGUCGCCGCCUCCGGCUCGUAGAGGCCGGGCGUGGGUUCGAGGAGGAGGACGCCACCCCCUCCUCCCGUCGCUGCUGCGGCCGCGCCGGCGAAACUGGAAGGACUCAGCAAAGGCAGCAGGAUGAAGGUGAGAUGGAGCCAGCUGGGCUUGGGCUUCUUCCUGGUGCUGUCGCUGGUGAUGACCGGGUGCUUCUUCUGGCAGUACCAGCUGCCCAAGCUGCUUCCAGACGAAGCCAUGGGGAGCAACGCCAACGCAGAGAUGAUGUGUCCCCGCUUCCCUGAGCCGGUGCCGCUGCAGCAUCCCAUUCCCAGUCUGAAGGAGGCACUGGAGAAGGUGGACGUGCUGCUGCGACAGAGCAUCGACCCCCUCAGCCUCCCCGCUCUGUCGGCCAUCGUGGUUCUGAACGACACCAUUCUGUGGACGGGCAACUUUGGAAAGAGGAACGCCAGCGACCCGCUGUCGGGACCGCCCAACGAGUACACCAUCUACAGGAUCGCCAGCCUGUCCAAGAUCUUCCCCACGCUGAUGCUGUACAGGCUGUGGGAGGACGGAAAGAUCGGCUCCCUCGACGACCCGCUGGAGAAAUACGUGGACAACUUCACCAUCAAGAACCCUCUGGGGAAGACGCGCGACUCGGAGCUGAAGUACGUGACGGACGGCCUGAUCUUCCUGGACAGCGGGGAGGUGCAGAUCCGCUCGUCCUCCGUCACGCUGCGCAGGAUGGCGAGCCAGCUCUCAGGUCUCCCCAGGAGGCUCCGCGCCACGAAUCUGCUGUGGAAGGGAAAAACCCAAUCUGCCAUCAACCUGCUCCAAGAUGACGUGCUGGUGGCCGACCCCGGCACCAAGUGUCACUACAGCAACCUGGCCUUCUCGCUGCUGGCCCACGUCAUGGCCGAGCGCGUGCUCGGCGUCAGCUACCAGCGCUGGGUCUCCGACAACGUCCUGGAGCGGCUGGGCAUGGAGGACACGGGCUUCGACGUGAGCCCGGCGCUGCAGAGCCAGGCGGCCGUGGGCGUGUACUCCAGCGGGAAGCCGGCCCCGCUCUACGACCUGGGCUGGUACCGGCCGUCGGGCCAGAUGUUCUCCACGGCGGCGGACCUGGCCAAGCUCGCCAUGAUGCUGCUGGGCGCCUUCCACCGCAAGCUGCUGGAGCCCGACUCGCUGAAGGUCAUGCUGACGCCGCUGUUCCGCUGCGACAAGGACUACUUCGCCAACCGCACCGGGACGCCGUGGGAGGUCAACGACCUGCUGGGCUACGAGCUGCUGCGGAAGGACGGCGACCUGGACGGCUACUCGGCCACCUUCUCGCUGGUGCCGCGCCUGAAGCUGGGCCUGGUGGUGCUGAUGGCCGGCAGCCGGCCGCAGACGCAGGACGUGGUCACCAAAGCCUACGGCCACAUCGUCCCCGCCAUCGAGAAGGCCUUCAGGGAGGCCCGGAGGGUCCUCAGCCCCCCCCCGAACCCGGAGCCGUACGUGGGCUUCUUCACCUACGGCAACAUCACCUUCUACGAGAUCAAGGUGGGGCCCGACGGGGUUCUGGUCAUGCAGCAGUUCGGGCCUCAGAUCGAGGAGCUGAUCCCAGAGAGGUACCGGACCAUCAAGCUGCACUUCCUGGUGGAGCGGGUUUUCCGGGUGGUGUUCGAGAGCGAGUACCCGUGCGUCCUGCGCGUGGGCUCCGCCUCCGUGUCUCUGGAGGCGCAGGACGGGCAGCUCUUCAACUUCUACGCGUUCGACAGGCGCGGCUCGUCGCCGGGCUUCGACGCGCCGGGCCUGAACACGUACAGCGUGGCCAGAAUCGCCCACAGGCCGUCCUUCUCCAGCGGCGCCGCCGACUGAGGCCCGGCCGCGUCCCUGAGAGGCGCUGUGAACAUGGAAGCUCUAAAUGGGACGAAUCUGGGUCAGUCUGCAAGUGGCAUUGAUUCACAGAGAGCAGCUGUUCAAUGCUGCAGCCCAGAAUUAAUUAAUUUCCUCUGGACGUGUAGGCCGUCCUUCAUUACACCUCCUCACCCCCCGACGGUCACACGGAGGCGAUGAAGGAUGUGUUUUAUCUGCGUCCGCCAUUUAAACCACGUUUACACUGUCUCAGACGCUUCUGUCCUUGAGUUUUCAUCAGCAGCAACUAAACGCAGACUCUUGAUUUCCAUAAUUCUUUACAUCCAGAUAAAGAUGAAACAUAAAUGCAGCUAGUGAUUUAACGCAGAUGAUGUGUGCUUACAUGACUAAGAUGCUAAACAUUCGGGCUCCCUGCUGGGAGGCGAUUAAGGACAGAGGCUUCUGGCUUCCUGGGAGACUCUUUGCUGCAUAAUCCCUGAAAAUGGACUGAAAUGUGUUGAAACCUACAACAGCAGCGUAACCCGGACGGCUGCUGCGGCGAAAAUAUAGAUUACGCUGCACUCAAAUGGCCUCAAAAGACAAACGCUUGUGUUUUCCCUUUUCUGUGCGACCGUCUUUGAGGGAGGUGAUGGAAAUGUAAUAGAUGUUGUAAAUACUGUUAUUCUCACCGCACCGGGUGAAAUGGGAGGAAUGGAGAGAAUCGUGGCCCAGAAGCAGAUCUAAUGUAUUCCAUCUAUCUGCCGAUCUGGCAGACGAGCGGUGUCACAGCUCGCACAUUAAAGCUGCUUCUGACGGAAACCAACAUGCAAAUUACACCAUGCGAUCGGUGGAGCCUGGUAUUUGGUCUGAUGCAGGAGAAAAGCGACAAUAGCACCAUGCAAUCAUGAUGAUGAAUGGAACGCUCCCGCAUUAUCCCAUAUUCAUGUUUCAUCAAAGGCUCCAAAGAUCAAACCUAACCGGGCUUUAACGCAGGUCAAGAACUCGAUGCCGCGUCGACUCCACACACGUUUAUUUGUGGCGUUUUUCAAUCGAUCGUUGCACAAUAGCCAAAAAUAAAACCUUUCAUCCGCAAUCACAAUGAACAUGAGCUCACCAAUCCAUCAAAUCAUGUAGCGGACACGACGGACCUUCAUGCAACAAGAGAUAAAACAGGAUUAAGGGCUCACAGUAAAGCGUCACAGACAUCCUUUGCUUAAAGGUUCCACAGAAACACAGAAUUAUCAGACUGCUUCAUAGAAACACAUCAAAUCUGCGAACAGCAGCGACACAGAAUGGAGCGAUACAUCAUCAGCUGCGUUCACCUCAUUAGGCAGCAGUCACUGAGACCCACCGCUGAACAGCAGAGGAUCCGACCCGGUUCAAGUCCACGUCCAACGUGUGAGUGGGAGGUCGCAGAGCAAACAGAACAGCAACAAACAUUUAAAUCAGCUGUUUAGAUCGAAAGGCGCUUUCAUGUGCAUCAUUUACACGCGGGAGCGGAGCCGGAGCGGAUCGGGACCGCAGACCGUGGGCUGGUCUGUCUGACGGGCUGCACCCGCUGCUCCACCCACUGCUCCACCCGCUGCUCCACCCGCUGCUCCACCCGCUGCUCCAUCCAGUGGAGAGGCGCGUGUUCAUCAGCAUCAGGGUCCAGACAGACGCCUCCAGCGGCUCCCGGCCUUCCUGCAUGUGGCAAUAUGUCACAAUUACAGUACAAUUAGGACUUAACUGAUGCAAAUGUGAGUUUAAUGGUGUCACAAAGCUGUUUUCCAUGAGUCCGUGUGGCAGCUGGUGUUUGUCCAAGACUGCUGAAACAUAAACAGUCAAUAAAGUAAAAGAAAUGCA